UUCAAAACUGUUUAAUUUUAAUUGAUAAAAUAUUGUGAAAUUUAAAGAUUGUUAAAUAUUCUUUUAAAAUAAUAAUAUGUUACUCAAUAAAUGGAAGUUAAUACUUUUUUUUAUUCAAACAAUCAACCAAUCGAUUUGUGUUGAUCUAAAUAAUAUCACAUUUGAGGACGUAGACACUCUUCAAAAGGAAUACCCAUAUAUGAAUGAAGUCAUUCUUAAACAACAUCCUUAUUAUAUAAAAUCACACGAUGAGGGUAACUUUUGUCCAGUACCUUACAGUCACUUAGUAGAUUAUCCUGAAAUUUCUUAUGGAGGUAUAAAAAUAAUAGAUAGAAGUUUGCAGGAUGUGGUUUCUAACUGUGUGGCAGAAAAAAAAUAUAAAUUGGCUUAUACAAUUUUUUUGAACGCUAUUGAAAGUAUGGCAUUUACAUACAUGUAUCGGUUCUGCGAGUUUGCAAUAGAAAUGAAUAAAAAACGUAAUGAUAUAUCAUUUUACUUAAAAGAAAUUGGUGGAAUACUUGCUGAACUUAUACCGAUAAUUAAUAGAGAAUGGAUUUCUCCUGAACCGUAUGAAUGUAUUUUAGAUGUUUACGAAAAUCACAAAUCUGAGGAAAACAAAUUUAUUAAAGUAAACACAAAUUACAGAAAUGCUUUAUUAAGUUGCAUGAAGUUAAUGAAAGAUAAAGUGCACUUUUUAAGAGAUCCUAAAAAAGUAACAAUGAAUGAAAUGGCUAUAAAUCAAUUAAAAGAUUACCAUCAUAUGAGUUAUCUAGUUAUUAGUGAUCAUUUGACUUUAAUAAAUGCUCCUUAUUACAAAGAUAUAACUGGAGAUUUAUAUCAAACCUCUUGUACAAGCUGUAAGAAAAAUAACACUGGUACGACUAAUGAAAUUUACAUUUUGUCACCAUGUGGACACGGCUGGUGUUGUGACUGGUGUAGUAGCAAAUUUCGUAGAGGCAAAUUGUCAGAAUGUCCGGUAUGUCAUCAAGAGAUUAUGAGUACUCAAAAACUAAAUAUACGAACAUCUGUGUCAAUAGUUACUCAAAAAUAUGAGCCGUUGCAGGCAAGAUGUAUCUUAGAUGAACGUGAAGUGCGUUGUGUAAGGUGCCGCUAUCAAGUAGUAGAUGAUGAUGAUGAUCAGUCAAAGAGUUACAUAAUGAUACCAUGCGGUCAUGGUUGGUAUUGUGAAAAUUGCAUUGAUCAAGAAAUAUGUUCAAUAUGUAAGCACGAAAAAACAGAUAAAUUGUGUGUAAAAUUUGAAAAAAAAUGAAUAAAUGUAUUAAUGUUAUUUCUUUAAUUAAUAUUGCUUUGAUAAAUUUUUUUUUAUUAUUUUUUUAUUUAUGAAAUUUACAAUCUGCAAAAUAAAAAUUUUACAAUAAGUAAAUAGUUUAGAAAAACUAUAUAUAUACAAUACUUAAUAUGAGUAGCCUGUGAGGUCGCUUCCAUUGAAGUCGCAUGCUAUUGAAAAUUAAUAUUUAAUUUAAUU